AUGGCUACCCCUAGUGUCCUCGCUUUUGACGCUGAGGGUCGGGCCAUUGACUUUGACGUCUGGAUAGAUGACCUGCAGCUUUUCUUACAGUGCGAUAGGGCAGACGGCCUCUCCCUCUUUGACCUCACUUCUGGUGCCUCUCCUACCCCCGCUGCUGAUGCUGACGCCACUGUUCGCUCACACUGGGCCACGCGCGAUGCUGCUGCACGUCUUGCUGUGCGUCGCCACCUGCCUACCUCUGAGCUCACCCGUCUCCCUAACUCCCUUCGCGUAGUCAAGGACCACUUCCUCUCAGUUUGCCCCACCACUCUCACCGUUGACCUCCUCGAGAAGGCCCUCCUAGCAGCAGAAAAGAGCAUAGUAGCUGUAGGAGCCUCUCGUCGUGACCCUCGCACCCCCAUCUUUGAGGGGUGUUCCCCCUCCCCCCUUUUGCCCUCUGUUGCCUCUGCUGCUGCGGCCGACCUCGUUGGUCUGGAGUCGGUCGGUGCGGCGUCUACCCCUAGUGGGAAGCGUCGCUCUGGCAAGGGCAAGGGGGGCAGGGGCGCAGGAGGAGCUAGCGGGGGCGGUGGAGGCGGCGGUGGAGGCAGUGGAGGGGGUGGGGGUGUUGGUGGGAGUGGUGGCGGGGAUGGAGGUGUCGGCGGCGGCAGUAGAGGCGGAGGCGGCGGCGGCGGUGGCGGUGGAGCCGAGGUGGUGGAGGUGGCGGAGGUGGAGGAGGCGGUGGCGGAGGAGGAGGAGGAGGAGGAGGAGGAGGAGGAGGUCGUGGCUCUUUGCAGAGGAGUGGCUCCGGUGGUGGGGUAG